CUUUUCAACCGAAUAUCUUCUUGUUUACUCAAAAAUAGAAAGAUAUCCAUCACGAUGAUUUAUAUACUAGAAAAUAGCCGUCUCCAAGCUGUAUAACCCGAAUCGGCUGGGUAUACAUAACCGUCAAGUCUCAUCACCACUUAAAGCCCCAUCUCUAACCUCUCCCUGCAUAAUCUUCUCACUACUCGCAAAAUUACAUCGCCAAUCCCACCAUCUUCAAUUCAACUCACCACAAUGGCGCCUUCGUCGAUAGAUAUCCCCACCGACGCAAUAGCUCAACCGCUACGGCGUCGUCUAUGGGCACAAUGACCUCGGCCGUCUCCUCUCUCGACUCCCAGCACACCGUCUCCCGCUCGGCCUCUGCUUUUCCCGCUGCCAGAAUCGGCUCUCCUGGUCCUCCUCCUGAGGCUUCGACCAACACCGCGACCAACACCUCCAUAUCCGCCAGCGCGCUCAAAAGCACUCCUCAGUUUGGCUCUGUCGGACUCUCAUCAACCGCCGUCACAAACAACUCAAUCCCCGGCUCCGUCUCCUCUGCUGACUAUGACCCUUCCUUCGUCCGCACUAUCGGCCGCCACCUCGUUUCGCCGAAGCCUUCAUCACCCGCUUCAUAUGCCAACUCUUUCUCGAAAUUGCGAAGAAGCUCCAUGUCUUCCGCAAAGUCCUCGGCUCGUGCAUCUCCCGCUCCACCGCAACAGCAGCAGCAGCAAGAGUCUGAGGGCGACAUCGACCCGAACUUUUAUGACCUGACUUUGCAGGGCGGAGAUAUCACGCGUGAGCUUUACAACUGGCAGCGCGUCCAUGCCGACCAAGCGCCUACUCGCAAACCUCGAUCGCGCUCCUUUAGCGAUAUCCCGAGACCUCAGGUUGAAGAUGACACGCUCAACAUCCACAACAUCAACGUCCCUGGUGGCUUUCGUCGAAAUUACCUGCUCUCGAAAGCGCGCGGCACCGAGUCUCAAACCGGAUACGGUUCGAACCUGAUGAGCAACGGCGCCCAGGUCGGCGAAAGCAGUGCAAAUGCAAGCGGCCUCAUCGUCGAGGCUUCUGCCGCAGAGACAUUCAACCAGCCGCGGCCUCGUCCGUUCUUGACUCGCAACUUCCUCGAGUUUCUGAGCGUUUACGGUCAUUUCGCUGGCGAAUCUUUGGAGGAAGAUGACGACGAUCAGUCUGAGGGUGACGAGUUUAGCGAAUACGGUGAAACAUCCACUAUCAGAAGUACUAUGACUGCUGAUGACGGUUUGCAUCAGCGGCUGCGUCGUCAUCUCAGUAGGACAUCUAUAGAAUCCGGCAUCUCUGAUAUGAGAUCCGAGGUCUCAUCCAUAAACUCGGUCGACGAAGAAUCUGGCUUGCUUGGAAAGCGCACCGUUGGCGUUGCCAGCAAGCACCGCUCCGGUCAGGUUGUGCAGGAUACCAGUGCCACAAAGGCUGUCCUGUUGUUGUUGAAGGGAUUUGUAGGAACCGGUGUGCUGUUCCUGCCUAAGGCAUACUACAACGGUGGAAUGCUCUUUUCUUCUGCGAUUUUGUUCUUUGUCGCCGUGUUGACGUACUACUGUUUCAUUCUUUUGAUUGAUUCGCGUAUGGUUGUCAACGCGAGCUUUGGAGACAUGGGUGGUAUUUUGUAUGGCAAAAAGGUGCGAAUGCUGAUUCUGACAUCGAUUGUUCUUUCGCAAAUCGGAUUCGCUGCUGCGUACACAGUUUUCACGUCCGAGAACUUGCAAGCGUUCAUCAUGGCCAUCACCGACUGCCGCGUGCUCGUCCCUGUUCGCUAUCUGAUUUUCCUGCAAUUAAUCGUUUUCGUCCCAUUGUCGAUGGUCCGCAAUAUCUCAAAGCUGUCGUUGUCGGCAUUGAUUGCGGAUUUCUUCAUUCUGCUUGGUCUCGCUUACGUAUACUUUUGGGACGGUCGUGUUCUUGUCGAGCACGGAGUGUCUGAUAUUGCUGCGUUCAACAGCAAGGAUUGGACUCUGUUCAUCGGCACUGCGAUCUUCACCUUCGAGGGUAUCGGUCUAGUCAUCCCUAUCCACGAGUCGAUGCAUAAGCCUCAGCAGUUUUACGCCGCGAUCGGCAUUGUGAUGGCCAUCAUCACACUGGUCUACAUCUCCAUGGGAAUUCUCUCGUACGCCGCUUACGGAUCGAAUGUCGAGACAGUUGUUAUUCUCAACAUGCCGCAGGACAAUCGCCUCGUCAACUCUGUCCAGUUCAUCUACGCGAUGGCCAUCCUCCUCUCCACGCCCUUGCAGCUUUUCCCUGCUAUUCGCAUCAUGGAGAACGCCUGGUUCCCCAAGUCCGGAAAGCACGACAUGCGCGCAAAGUGGACCAAGAACGUGUUCCGCACUGGAAUCGUUCUCAUCACCGCGUUCGUUGCCUGGGGUGGUGCGGACGAUCUCGACAAGUUCGUCGCGCUUAUCGGUUCGUUUGCUUGCAUCCCGCUCACAUAUAUCUACCCACCUUUACUCCAUUACCGUGCUUGCGCAAACACCACGUUCAUGAAGUCGAUGGAUGUCUUCAUCUGCUUGUUUGGUCUGGGUUCUAUGAUCUACACUACCUUGAACACUAUCGAGAGUUGGGCAACCAGCGAGCCUGACAACGAUUUCUUCAGGUACUGUUCGUAACUUCCAGGCCAGCAGUGCGCUAGUGUCUUCUUUAGUUAAAUCGACUGCUUUCUAAAUAUUCAAAUCUGGGUGUUUGCAUCUUGCACGAAAUCUAUCAACUCUUCUCUAUUACUUUGUAUGUAAUAUUAUGCAUAAUGUUCUGCUUUCCUCUUUGUUUGUGGUUUUGAUCGUUUACUCUGUUGAUCGUCUGCAUUGUUCUUGUGUUUUCUCCUUCUCUUCUGAUAUAUUCUUUUUUUCCGCGAAAAUGUUUCGUUUUAUUUUUUACAGUGGUGUUUUUCUUUCUGAUUGGUACUAGAUUAUUGAGGGCGAGGAAGAGGGAGAAUGUAUGGUUUCAAAUAAAUCAGUCUACUGAG